AUGGCUGGACAAACUUCUAUGGGUCGCCUGCCCACCCGGUCUGCCAGCACGCACCCGUCGCAUUCGCAUAAUGUUCCUUUGAGCGCUCGUAGGUCCGCGCCUCUGGAUCUCUCAACAGUGGAGCGCCGCGGUCAGCCCAACAAUCCCCGCGAACCGUCGAAGCGAGUGCGUCCCCAUGGCAUCCCCGAAGCCCCGACCUUUCGCCCAACAGAGGAGGAAUUCAAAGACCCCGUGGCAUACAUCCAGAAGAUUGCGCCAGAAGGCAAGAAGUACGGAAUAUGCAGAGUUAUCCCGCCGGAUAACUGGCAGCCGACAUUCGCGAUCGAUACAGAGCGUUUUCAUUUCAAGACCCGUCGACAAGAAUUGAACUCGGUCGAAGGAGGUAUGGCCCCGCGCUCAGCUGAGGAUGCUGCCGGUGGAACCACUCCCCAGGACGGUUCUAACCAGAACUUUCAAUCAGGAAACCGCGCCAACAUGAACUACGUUGACGGACUCGCCAUGUUUCACAAACAGCACGGAACAAACUACAGUCGUCUACCCAGUGUAGACAAACGCCCGUUGGACUUAUACAAGCUGAAGAAGGCCGUGGAGGUUCGCGGUGGAUUUGAGUCCGUUUGCAAAACAAAGAAAUGGGCUGAGAUCGGCCGAGACCUCGGCUACAGCGGCAAGAUCAUGUCCUCACUCUCCACGUCGCUCAAAAAUUCAUACCAGCGCUACUUGCAGCCCUACGAGGAAUAUCUUCUUCGGGCGAAGCCUGGUGUUCAGCAACAGCUUGAACUGGAACAUGGUGGUCCUUUCACCCCAUCCCCACGCAAUUCCCCAAUGACGAAGAAACCAUUCAUAGAGGAGAAUGGCACCCCAUCUAGGACCCGAGAACCAACCCCUACCAUGCGCGCCGGUGGCUUUACUGCCGUCAACCACUCCCCUUUCACUCCUGUCAACAGUGCCCCUCCCAUCAAACAUGAGGGAGAGAAUGGAGCGUCGACGCCUCAAAGUGUUGCGGAACAUCCAUCCCACUCGACUCCGGUGCCGAAUGGCCAAUCCGACCAACACAUGAAGCGGGCUAUCAGUUAUGAAAGCGGUUCCCAGGCUGAGAAUGGCGAUGACGGUGGAAGUGGGCGACGUAGCAAGCGUCUCAAGAAAGAUGUGCCCAAUGUGGCUGGAUCACACAUGUCUCUCCUACGCCCUGCGCCACCUAAAGUUCGAAAGGAAGGUCUACAAAGGAUCGGCGAUAAGUGCGAGUCUUGUGGCAGGUCAGACAACCCCUCUACGAUUCUCGUCUGCGAUGCCUGCGACCUCGGAUAUCACACGGCUUGCCUUGACCCCUCUACUACGGCUUCCUCGGAUCAUGACUGGCAUUGUCCCAAGUGUCUAGUUGGAACCGGCGAAUUUGGAUUUGAAGAUGGCGGCGUUUACUCUUUGAAGCAAUUCCAAGAAAAAGCCAACGAGUUCAAGAAAGGUUACUUCGCUUCUAAGAUGCCAUUCGAUCCUGUUUUGAAUACUCACCGCCGAGAGACCGAGGAUGAUGUGGAAGCUGAAUUCUGGAAACUGGUUGUCGACUUGCAUGAGACUGUUGAGGUCGAGUAUGGUGCAGACAUUCACUCGACUACUCACGGCAGUGGCUUCCCGACCAUCGAGCGCAACCCGCUCGAUCAGUAUUCUUCUGACCCUUGGAACCUCAAUGUGCUCCCCUUCUAUGGCGAUUCUCUCUUCCGUCACAUCAAGUCCGAUAUCUCAGGGAUGACCGUUCCCUGGGUCUAUGUCGGCAUGUGCUUCUCUACUUUCUGCUGGCAUAAUGAAGACCACUACGCUUAUUCCGCCAACUACCAACAUUUUGGUGCGACAAAAACUUGGUACGGUAUUCCUGGAGCUGAUGCAGAGGCUUUCGAGUCUGCCAUGCGGGCAGCAGUUCCGGAGCUUUUCGAAGGGCAACCAGAUCUUCUGUUCCAGCUUGUUACUUUGAUGCCGCCCGACAAACUUCGAAAGGCGGGCGUGAAUGUUUACGCUGUAGACCAACGCGCAGGUCAAUUUGUUCUCACUUUCCCUCAGGCGUAUCAUGCAGGGUUCAACCAUGGCUUCAAUUUCAAUGAGGCAGUCAACUUUGCACCUGCUGACUGGGAGCCUUGGGGCGCUGCUGGCGUCGAUCGUCUUCAAUCCUUCCGCAGGCACCCAUGCUUUUCGCAUGAUGAAUUGCUUUUCACCGCAGCUGCACGAGACACAUCCAUAAAGACUGCCAAAUGGCUCGCACCCGCAUUGGAGAGAACUGUUAACCGUGAACUUAGCGAAAGAGCCAACUUUUUGGCUAACCACAGGAAGUUAGCUAGCCCCAAGACCACUACAGCUCACGCCUGUGCGGUGGGGACCGCUGACUCAUCAACUAGUCAAUGUCCGCUCAAGCUUGUUGUCGAGGAGGAGGACAUCCCGGAAGAUGAUUAUCAGUGCCAGCACUGCAAGGCUUUCACUUACCUCACCCAGUUCCGCUGUCAAAAGUCAGGCAAGACUGUCUGUCUUUCACAUGUCUAUGAUUACGACUGCUGUGGUGAUCUUUAUCACCAAAAAUUGUUUGGACAAGAUCACUUCCUACGCUACCGCGUGAGCAUGGGGGAGAAGCUCGACAAGACCUUGGAGGAUGAGCCAAAGCCUCAGCUGAAAGCUCUCCACAAUUUGCUCAGUGAAGGUGAGAAAAUCCCAUACCACCUACCUGGCCUCCAAGAUCUUGCGGCCUUCGUCCAGCGUUGCGAUAAAUGGGUUGAAGAAGCGAACAACUACAUUACCCGGAAGCAACAAAACCGGAGAAAAAACGAGAAAGCGUGGCGCCGCGCCAGUACCAAGGCCGCGCAGCUGGACGAUCGCGCCCCUGAAGUUCGCAGAGUGGAGAACAUCUACGCCCUUCUGGCAGAGGCUGAUAAACUUUCCUUCGACUGUCCACAGAUGGCGGCCCUGGAAGAGAAGACUCGCGAAAUCGAGAGAUUCCGCCAAGACGUUAACGUUGCCCUGAUGAACCCGCGUGCCCGAUCGACCCAGGAAAUCGAGGAACUUGUUGAAGCUGGCCGAACCUUCAACGUGGAAAUCCCGGAAGUGGAACACCUGGAACAAAAUCUCCGCCAACUGAAAUGGACCGAGGAAUCUUUACGCAAACGGGACCAACGCCUUACCCUCCAGGAUUGCCAGGAUAUCGUCGCCGAAGGCGUAAAACUUGGCAUUCGAGAUUCUAAUGAGCACUUGAUCCACUUCAAAGAACUCAGUCGACAUGGCGAAGCUUGGGAGGCCAAGGCCAAAGAGCUCAUGUCGGUAGAAGCUGUACAUUUCCCGCAGUUGGAAGCACUCUCCGCCCAGGCAACCCGUGUUCCUGUUAACCCAGAAACUCUGGCAUCCAUCGAUGCCAUUCUGACAAAGCAGCGAGAUCUCCAGAAACGGAUCCAAACUCUAUGCGAUAAGAGCAAAGAUCCCAAUCUGAGAGAGCGCCCUAAGUACAAGGAAGUUCGCGAGCUCAGCGAAUCUCUGGAGCAGGAUCUCAGUCGACCAAUUGGUGCAAUCGAUCUUGAACGCGAGCAGAGACGCCAUGAAGAUUGGAUGAGAAGAGGCAAGAAGCUGUUUGGCAAAGCCAAUGCUCCUCUGCAUAUCUUGAAAUCCCAUAUGGAGUAUGUGGACAAGCGCAACUCCUACUGCUUUGACCUGGAAGACAGCUACCGGCCGCCGGUGGAGCCCUCUUCGCGGGACAACACCCCGGAAGGUUUGCUUGAGAAUCCUAACCCCAACCCAUGGGGUCCGAAGUCACAAAAACGCGAUGUCUUUUGUAUCUGUCGGCAUCCCGAAGCGGGAAUGAUGAUUGAAUGUGAAGUCUGUCACGAAUGGUAUCAUGGUAAAUGUCUCAAAAUUGCCAGGGGCAAAGUCAAGGAGUUCGACAAGUACACAUGUCCUAUCUGCGACUGGCGACAAAAGAUUCCUCGUGAUGCUGCCCGUCCGAAGCUGGAGGAUCUGCAAGAUUGGCAGGCUGAGAUCGCCAAUCUGCCUUUCCAACCAGAUGAAGAGGAGGUAUUGGAUAGUAUCGUCGGCAAGGCGACUGCAUUCCGAGAUUUCCUACAUGGUUUCUCAAAUGCUGCCUGCACUACCACCGAGGAGGUCCCGACGUUGAUUUUCUAUUUGCGAAAGAUUGAAGGUGCGGAAGUUCUCCUGGCCUAUGAAACGAACUUCUUCCGCCAGGAGAUCCACAAAUGGGCACCCGUUGCUCCAGAGGCGCCGCCAAUCCUAGAACAAUCGCUGUCGACGCGGAAACCUCGCCCAACCAAGCAACAGAAGAUUCUGGCCCAGUUUGGCGUUGACCGCCCCGAAGAUCUUCCCGAACACCUUCGUGCCAAGCACAUGGCUGCAGCCAAACGGAACCCGCGCCGCCCACGCCAAAUAACAACCCCCCCUACUACCACUGGGCCAACCUUGACACCCAUGUCCGACUCCGCCUCUGCGACGUACCCAUUCUCCGCCAACUACUCCUUGCCUGCUAGUGACUCGACCCCGGCUUUUGCACCUACCUCAUCCGCAUUCCUCCCCCAUGCCGCAGCCGCUUCUCAAUCACCCUCCUUCCUCCCUCGAUCACCAAGUCCGCAACAAAAUAUCGAACCUUCGCUCUUUAGCCCGCCCCGGUUCGGGCCCGAGCCCCAGUUCGCUAGUAGCAGUCCUCGUCAAAAUAUGGAUGAUGUUUUCGCCGAUCUCACGAACGAAGACCCCGAAGCGGAGCCAAUUGAAAAUCUUCAUGCCAGCGAGGCGCUAGAAGCUCUUGAUGCCAGCAACGGAAGCAGCCGAGAACCAUCCCCGGAUGAUGAAACUCUUUCUGCUCCUGCUGCCGCCCCCGAUGCUGCUCCCGAUGCUGCUCCUGCUGCUGCUUCUGAUACUGCUCCUGAUGCUGCUCCCGCUGCCGCCUCAGCUGAAGAGAAUGCAGCAGAUGCGCCAGAAGCCAAAUCCCAGGCGGCAGAAACGACCGAGAAUUCCGAGUCGGAGCUUUAA